UAUUUCCAGAAUUACAUUUCAUUCUUUUAGUUAUUGGAAUGUGUUUGCUUAAUGAUGAAUUGGUGGUCAGGUGAAAGGAGAAAGGCUUUCCCCUUGCUUCCAUUCAGGAUAUAUAUAGGAUUAGUUUACCCUCGUGUAGAAACUUUCAAGCCACAUUUGCAAAUAUAUUUGUGAUAGUAAAUUUCAGGAACUUCCACGCAAAAUGUAAGUUUACAAAUAGAAAUGUGUGUGUUUGAGAGAAAGAUGAAUGAAAGCGACUUGCUCAUUUCUGCAAAGAUCCUUCCUAGCCACAUAAGCCUGAAUACUCGUCAAUGCUUCUUUCAUUUGUAAUGGACCUGAAAUGGCUGCUUCUUUGCCACUCCCAUUUUAACUGGCAAGUGAUAUUUAUCCCUUAGUUCUGCCAUGGGACGUCUCAGACUUUUUUCCACCAAGUUCCUGGUCUUCUGAGUAGGGGAUGUCAUUGACCAUCUCUCAACUUGAAGGGCUUUUCCUGCUUUUGAAGCUCUUUAGCUAAAUAUGGAUCUCCCAUAUAGUCAUUCAUUUCAGUACAGAUGCAGAACCAGCCACUUCUAGACCCUUUCCACAAAACCUGUUUUUCACUUUAGAGGAUGAAGUUUCCCAUUAUGGGAAUAUUUCUUAUACCUCAAUAUGUUGUGUUGCACAAAGCUCUGUAUCAACAUUUACAUGAGGAAAGUGGAUCACUGAGUGUUGUGGGACCGACAGAGCAGUAACUGUGUGGCAUGCAUACAUGGUGCUGCACAACACAAUUUACCUGCAACUUUUUGAAUUCUGUAUUGUGGCUCAACAAUAUUGGAGCAGGGCGUUCAAGAUAUGUAAUACAUUGCUUUUAUCAGCUCCAAACUGAAAUAGGGUAAGAACAUAAAAUGUAUUAUAUAUAAACAAAAGUAAAAUCCUAUACAUGCCUCAUUUUCAGAUAAGUGUGCCUAUAGAAUACAGCUUUAGUUGACACAUACAUUCUGCUGGUGUGGUAAAAUGCACAGCUAUAAUUCCCUUUGUUUUAUUUAAAAAAAUAAUAAAUUACAAAUAUACCUAUUUGUGGAGAAAGAGUAGAAGAAAAGACAAAAGGGGACACUGGAGCGAAUGAAUACUAUAAGUAGCAAUCUCCUUUUCAACUUCCUUCCAACUCUAGAGGAAAGUGGGGGGAAAGGCUUGCCAGUAUCGUUGCCACUUUAUUUGUGUACCAUUUCCCCACAUACUUUGUGCUCGAAGUGAUACACAUGAAAUGCAUGACCAGAAAAUCAUUAACCAUAUUAACCCAUAAGAGCAAGUGAGCCCAGGCCAGAGAGUCCGUAUCAUUGAUUUCUGACAAAACUACCCAAUUGACUUGAAAGAAUCAUUGAGGCAGCCCCUCCCCCAUGUCCUAGGGCUACUGUCCUCCUUAAGGAAAAUCAGAAACUGGGAUGCCCAGGCUAGAGCUCAUUGGUGCAUCAGCUCCUGAUAGGAAUUAACAGUGGCCUGAGAAAACUACUGGGACAGCCCCUCAUUCACCUUCUCUGGGACAAUUAAAGUCCCAUCUGCCCUGAGGGAUGGCAAGGAAGCCGAGGCCAGGAGCAAAUGCCAUCAGUUGUCAGUCAACCUGAGAGGUCUCUGCCACUACAUUUUUGUUCUACUACAGCAUUUUAAAAUUGUAAAUGACCUAAAGUGCAUUGACUUAAAAGUGCUGUAUAAUAAACGCAAUGACUAUAUUGGUAAAAUAAGUUCAAAACAAGAUAAUCAGAAUAUCAAAAAUACAUCAUAAUAGAAAAAUAAACUUCAAAAGUAGCUUGGCUACCGGGAAGAACAAAACAAAACACUGUAUUGAAUACGGCCCUCUGACCCACUUGUGAAAGAGGAUGCAGAUUUGCAUAAUAUACACCAUUCCUUGUAUAUAUAGCAUAAAUUAAGUUUUAACAAAGCCAAAGUACAUUACAUGAAGAUUAAUGUACAAAAAUGCCUAUAUUUAUUUAAAUAAAGUAGACAGAACUGUUGACAGUAAUUAAUAAAUGGUGACCAGUGAAUCUUGCAAUUUUAUAUUUUAUUUCUUCCUUUCAACAAUUGUAUAGUCCUAUUCUUCAGAUCUUUGAGCCAUGUGUUCCUCAUCAACGACUGUUUGCAUCUUUAUCUUUCUUCAGAUCUCCCAUGUGCUAAUUGCAGGUCAAUAUGAAAUCAUUCCACCCCAAAACCGUAUAGUUGGUUUCCUUGGAAAAGAAGUGAUCCUGCCAUGUCAACUAACAACGUCAAGCAUACCAGAAAGCACCAACAUCCAGGUCCAGUGGAUCUUGGAUAAAUCCUCAGAAAAAAUUGACGUGAAAUCUUACUACGGUCGAAACAAGCCAGAAACACAGGAUAACAGAUACCGAGGUCGAGCUGAGCUUUCCCUUACUGAUCUUAAUAAAGGGAACAUGUCUCUGAUUCUGAAGAAAAGCCGUCUGUCUGACCAAGGAAAUUACACCUGUAUGAUCUUCCUUGGAGACUGGUAUAAUGAGGUGGUGGUUGAGUUGGUGUUGGCAGCAAAAGGAACAGAGCCCACCAUUGCCUUGGUGGGUUAUAAAGACUGGGGGAUUGGCCUCACCUGCAGCUCCAACGGUUGGUACCCAAAGCCCAAGGCUCUCUGGCUAGACAGUGAAGGGAAAGUCCGAAGUAAACAGUCAGACACUACAAUCACAGAGACCAAGGCUGGGAACUUCAUUGUUUCCAGUUCCAUUACGACAGAAUCAGGAAUUGACCAUGAAGUCUCUUGCAAAAUCAUCAACGAAUUGCUAGGGAUGGAGAGUGAAUCGAGAAUCCUGAUCUCUGAUGCCCUUUAUCCUACCACAUCCCCUUGGCUAGCACCCUUCCUAAUCAUUCUGUUGAUUUUCAUCUGCCUUCUUGUUGGUGCUGGGUACAAAGUGAGACAGAGUUAUCAGAAGUUAUCUCAAUGUGAAAAGAAGAAGAACGAAACACAAGCUGACCGAAAUAAUCUAACCGAAGCAAUAGAAACUGAGAAACGCACAGGACAAGCAAGUGUUUCUGAACUAGAACACCGUUUUGGUCAUCUCACCAAUGAGCUGGAGGCUAGAAAAGCUCAGGAAUGCGCAGUUGCUGUCACUUUGGAUUCAUAUUAUAAACAUCCAGAUAUCAGCAUCAGUGGGGAUAAAGAAAGAACCAGCCUUCAAACUCUCACCCCAGGGGAAGGAGCAACUGUUCUGGGAACUCGAAUUUUUGUGGGGAAAGAAGGUUAUGCUGCUGGGAAACACUACUGGGAGGUGGAUGUGGGAGAGAGGUUGGACUGGGAGCUGGGGGUGCUGACUCAGGCUGAAAGGGACAAAUUCAGAGAGAAAAAGGCUGUUAAGUCCUUUAAGGAAGGCCGCUGGGCUCUGAGAAGCAGCCAAGGAAAAUUCUUUUCCGGUCCAUGUGAGAAAAUGAUUGAAAAGAAGCCACAUCAGUCUUAUUCAGUGAUUGGUUUGUUACUGGAUCAAGAAAAAGGGGAAAUCUCAUUUUAUAACACCAGUAAUCCCAUAUUCCUUCUGGAUUCUAUCCCCAUUAAAUUCACUGACAAAUUGUACCCAUUUUUAGAUUAUGGCAGUGCUUCAGAAAACAGUGACCCAAAGCCAUCAGAGAAAAGCAAUGCUUCAGAAAACAGUGGUCCCAAGUCAUUAAAGAAAAGCUUUUCAAACUUUUUCAAGAAACCCUGAUAAAAGAAGAGUUCUCGGGGAAGAACUGUUGGCAUGAAAUGUCCAGGUUUCACAAGGAGGGUAGAAUAAUGGAAACAGUAAUGGACAUACUAGCACGAUUGAACUGAUGGAUAUUUUGCUUUGCUUUUGCCAUUUCUUUUUCUUUCAUUUCUUUUUAAACAUUGCUACGGAUAUACAUUUAUGGCAUCAACUCAGCCACCAUACUGUACAGUAUAUUUUCCUUCAUUUUUGUGUAUGAGCCUUUCUCAUAUUUGUAAAUAAAUUUAAAAUAAAAAAUACUAAAAAAAAGAGUUUGUUGGGAAUUUAAUGCUAAUAGUAGGGUCCUCACCCCCUCCCAUGCACACACUGGUUCAAGUGAAAGCUUUUAUGUCCUAGAGUUCAUGUGCAAAGCAGGCAGCAG